AUGCAAUUACCAGCCACUACACUUCUUGCUAUUUUAGCUACUACUUCGGCCGCAACAAUCAAAAGAGCUCAACAAGGAGAUGUGGUUGCCAGACAAGUUAUUCCUGAAAGGUCAUUAUCAGUUUUAUCUGAGUUCUAUAAAAGAGGUGAUGAAGUAGACAUUGAAGGUCUUCUUGCUGAAAUCAAUGCUUAUAGAAAUAAGAGAGGAGAAGUUGAUAUUGAGCUUAUGGAAAGAGAUUAUGCUAUUGUAACCCUGGUUUUUUCACUUAUUAAUCAAACUAAUUUGGCACCUCAAGUUAUAACGUACUUUAUAACAAGUGAAACUUUCAAGCCAAUUGUUAUUAAUGUUACAGUCUCGGUUAUAAAAAGUGGAAUAAUUUCAUUAACUGCGCUUUUAGAAGCAUUGGUCGAGUCGGGUUUGGCUAUUAAUGUUAUCAAUGACUUGAUUGGCGAUUGUGAGUUGUAUAUUAGUUUAUUCAACAUUGCAGCCCAGAUUAUUGGCAACUUGGAUAUAAAUGUUGCUUCAUUGAUUUCUGCUGGUGUUUCUUCGUUGAUUACGAGAGACGAUUUGCAAGCAGCAGCGUUUGUUGAAUCUGAAAAAAGGGAUGAUGAUAUGGGUGAAAUCGACAAUAGAGCACUGGGCAUUUUUGAUACUAUUGUUGUUGAGUUGUUAGAUUCGUUAUACGUUUCAGGUUUGGCUACUUCAGUUGUUCAGGAAGUGUUGACCAAUCCAGCCUACAUAACGUUUGCUACAGAAUUGGUAGUUAGAUUAUUAGAAGAGAAAUUGAUUAGCAUUACAGCGAUCAUUAGCGCAUUGGUCGAAUCUGGUUUGGUUAAUCAGUUAUUCCUGGCAUUCCUUAAUAUUGACACUUUGGUAACUGUUGCUCAAACGGCAUUUGCAGCAUUCUCAGGAGAUUGUGGAGUCACUAUUGACAUAGGAACUGUAAGUACAGACACUACAACCGACACGACCUCCAAUGAACCUGCUGUAGCACCUGAUACAGAACCUAGUACUGGCGAUGACAGUACCAGCGGUGACAGUACUGGCGGCAGCAGCAGCAGCAGCAGUGGACACAGUAAUUCUAAGAGUACAACCAAAAAAGUUGUUUCUAAACAAGUUGUUUCAAGUCCAUGUAAAAGGAGUAAUAUUUAUUACUGA